AUGGCGCAGGUUGAGGCCAAACAGCUCCAAACCAUGGCAGGCGCACGGGGUCCCGAGGGGCGCGAGGACACCCUCCGCAACUCCGGCAGCACGUCGGACGCGGCCCCCACGAAGCCCGCCAAGGCGCCCAGCAGCGACUCGGGCGGCAGCCGCGCGAGCCGCGGCUGCCUGCGCUUCUCCGACGCCCUGGCGCACGCGAUCGACAAGGCCUUCUUCAAGCUCGGCGGGUUGGUGGGGCGGAACCCCAUCAAGGUCGCCGUCGGGGUGUUUGUGUUUGUGCUCCUGUGGCUCGCGGGGCUCGCGCGCUUCACCAACGAGACCCGGAGCGAGAAGCUGUGGAUCCCCGCGGACAGCGAGGCGCAGGACGACAAGGUCUUCGCGGAGGAGCAGUACCCGUCGAUCGUGCGGCCGCAGGUCGUCCUCAUGUCGGACACCAGCAGCACGCGCAACGUGCUGACCAAGCAGGCCCUCGACCAGAUGUUCAACGUGGACCGCGCGGUCCGCGCCGUCGCCGUGCCGUACACCGGGCCCGACGGCGUCACGACCACGCUGACGUACGCCAACCGCUGCUCGACUCUCGGCGGCGCGUGCUGGGUGCGCGGCAUCCUGGAGGCCUUCUACGACCCCGCCACGGGGGACUACAACCCGGACCUGUGGGCGACGACGGAAGCGAUCGUCUCCCGCCUGAACGCCGCGGAGAUCCGCGCGUCCACGGGCGAGCGCCUGUCCCUGUUCGACCUCAUCAGCGAGGUGGGCGUGGAGCGCGACGCGCAGGGCCGCGUGGUGUCCUCGCCGGCCUUCCGCAUGGCCUGGUUCAUGCGCAGCAACGUCGGCGCGUCGGACGACGACCCGGAGUCGGAGGCGUGGGAGCAGGGCUACCUGGACGCCGUGGAGCUGCAGAACACGGCCGUCGAGGCGGACCCGAGCACGCUCAAGCUGGACUACCUCGCGUCGCGGUCGUUCUCGGACGAGUUCGGCGGCGCGAUCAGCUCGGACAUCCAGCUCCUGCAGGCCGCGAUCAUCGUGCUGUUUGUGUUUGCCACGGCGAUGCUCAGCCGCUGGGACCAGGGCUGGGUGGGCGUGCGCGUCGCGGUGGCGUUCUACGGCCUGAUCACGAUCGGCCUCGGCAUCGCCUUCACCAUCGGGUUCUGCUCGGCCGUGGGCCUCUUUUACUCCCCCCUCAUGUCGGUCAUGCCCUUCCUGGUGCUCGGGAUCGGCAUCGACGACGUGUUCGUCAUCGUCAACGCCAUGGACCUCACCGACCCCGCGCUGCCCAUCGCGGAGCGCGCCGCGCUCGCGCUGGCCUCCGCGGGCAGCUCCAUCACGGUCACCAGUCUGACGGACUUUGCUGCCUUCCUGAUCGGGACCAACACGUCGCUCCCGGCGCUCCGCAACUUCAACGUGUACACGGCGAUGGGCAUCCUCGGCAUCUACGCCUUCUCGUGCACCUUCUUCCUCGCGCUGCUCUGCCUCGACGAGCGCCGCCGCAACGCCAGCCGCGCCGACGUGCUGUGCUGCCUCACCGUGCAGCCGCGCUGCUGCUGCGCGCGCCCGGGCGAGGGCGACGACGGCACCGGCGCCAUCGUCCGGAACAAGACGACGUCCUACCGCGUCAUGGCCCGCCUCGGCCAGUUCCUCGCCAAGCCCGUCACCAAGGGCGUGGUCGUCGUGGCCUUCCUCGCCAUCAUCGGCGUGGGUAUCUCCGGGGUCCCGCAGAUGCAGAUCGAGGCCGACGUGCAGGACUUCGUGCCCCCCGGGUCGUACCUCACGGGCUUCGUCAGCACCAACGAGGACCUCUUCACCUCGGUGGGCGUGGACUUCGACGUGUACUUCGAGUCCGGGGUCGACUACAGCUCCGCGGGCGUGCAGGCCGACCUCGACGACGUGCGCAACGCGAUGCUCGCGAACCCGCAGGUCGUCAACGACUACGUGGACUCGUGGUGGUUCUCGUACAAGGCCGCCAAGAGCGCCGCGCAGCAGCCCGUGCCGGCGGACGCCGCCGCGCUGUACGCCGACAUCAAGGCGUUCCUCGACACCGGCGCCGGGAAGCGGUUCCAGCGCGCGGUCGUGUUCGUCAACGACAACGACGCCGCGCAGGGCAUCCGCACCAGCCGCUUCUCCGGCGUGUUCAUCAAGGCCGCCGACUCGCAGGAGCAGGUCGACCUCAUGGACAACGCGCGCGUCAUGGUCGCCGACGCCGUGCGCGACGGCCCCCUCGAGGGCAAGGCCUUUGCCUACGGCGAGUCCUUCCUGCAGUGGGAGCAGUACAAGCGCGUGGAGCAGGAGUUCACGACCAACAUCGCGCUCGCGCUCGCGAUGGUCGGCGUCAUCAUCUUCCUGCUCCUCGGGAACCCGCUCGCGUCGCUCGUCACCUACCUCACCGUCGCGUGCGUCGUCGUCGAGAUCAUCGGCUACCUGCACUACUGGAACGUCACCAUCGACUCGGUCGUCGUCAUCAUGCUCGUGCUCUCGCUCGGGCUCUCCGUGGACUACUCCGUGCACAUCGCGCACGCGUUCAUGUCGUCGGGCGGCGAGCCGAACGAGCGCCUCGUCGAGACGCUGGCGACGAUGGGCACCGCGGUGCUCUCGGGCGGCCUCUCGACGUGGCUGGCCGUCCUGCUCAUCGGCGCCAGCGAGUCGUACGUGUUCGAGACGUUUUUCCGCGCGCUCUUCCUCUGCACGACGCUGGGCAUCACGCACGGCCUCAUCUUCCUGCCCGUCGUGCUCUCGCUGGUCAACCCCAAGGCGCACGCGCACGCGGAGGAGCGCUACGAGGGCAGCGUGACCAAGACCGCCGACGUCUGA